AUGGCUGGGUCCCGUAGGAAUCCGCUGAUGAAAGACCAGUGGAGAGCCGACGACGACCCUAAAGACAGAGACCACGCACUGCCACAUCCUAGAGAAAAAGACAGGGACCGAGACCGGGAACGACCUGAGCGGCGUCCGCGAUCACCACCGCCCUCGCGUCGUGGGGCAGCCCGUGGCCACGAAAGAACGAGAGGGCGCGGUGCUUCCUUUGCUCACCAGAACCAGUCGUCCCGUCGCCCCCAACCCGGCCGGAGGGGCGAUCAUAAAAAGCACAACAAUACUAGUAAUAGGAAUAGACGGUUUUCUCCUCCAUUUCACAACAAGGCCGUAGACUCAGAUUUACGAGAUUCUACACGUCAACCAGACGUUCAGGAAGACUCUCGGACUGACCAGGCAAAUUCUCCACUGCAAUCUCCUGGCCCGCCCUCCAAGCGGAAACGCAGUCGGAGCAUUUCGCCAUCUCGUUCUCAACUCAACCCUCGUCCCAAGAGGCGAGACGGGCGUAACCGAGACCGUCCUGGGAGAGGUAGAGGUCGGCCAGAUCGGAAUUUGUCCCCCAGAAGACCUCCAGUACCACGGGGAAAGGGCCUCCGACCGGCAGAUCUUCAUUCUGAGGUCUCAGCGUCUGAGUUGUUGCAGCCUCGCCGCAGACGCUCUAGAUCUCCAGAUUCAUUCGGAGAAAGAGGCAGUUUUUCACCACGUCGCUUUUCUCGAAGCCCUCCGCCGGUCAGAGGUUACUCUGAUCAUUCUUCGCGGCCCUCGUCCCGCCGCUCCGUUUUCUCGGGAGCUUCGCGGCAAUCCCCACCUCCAAAGUUUCGAAAGACGAUAGAAAUGCAAUCUAACCGUCCCAUCCAAUCUGUUGUGGAUGACUCACACCGUUCCCCGUCCCCUCUUCGUCCUAUUCCUAGCUUUGAAACCAUAAGCUCGAAUCAAGCAUCUGAGGGUGACAGUCGACUACGCGAUACGUUCCAGAUACAUGUUAUGCGUGCAUCGGAAAUCCGUGGCUCACGUAGACCGUCUCGUCCACAUGUUGAUACACGACAAUCGUACAAUACGUCCCCACAUUAUGUGACGCCUACGAGCUCACACCAUGGAUCGCCGCAAUCUGGAUCUCCGUUUAGUGGCAGCAGAGGAUCUUGGUCGGGUCAGCAGCAAUAUCAUGCACAACAAGGACAAGUGACCGGUUAUUCGCCACCUUAUCGACAGGCUUCUUAUCCUCCACCUCAAGGCGGAUCGCAAGGCCAAUAUUACCAAGGUCAACAGGCACCAUAUCCUUCCAGUUCAGCUCACUGUCAGCCAGGAUACUCUGGUCAGCCCUAUCGGGCUGGCCCUCCCGGAUAUCGUGGAAAUCAGUAUAACCAGUCUCAGGAUCGUCGAUUCUCCAAUCCAGGCCCACAAUCAUAUGGAACAACACAACCACCGCCACAGCAGCAGCAACAACAACAACAACAAUCGCAGCGGGGAAAGGGAAGCCACUUCAGCAAUCUACAAUGGACUCCUUCCAGUGUACGUGGCCGUGGAGCACACGGACCUCCAGGAGGACCACUUAAACAUCCUCAUCUUCCCGAUGAACGUAUGUCGCCUGAAAUCUACGAAGACGAUAACCCAUUUCGUCCAUCCAAAGAUCUACAGGUGGAAGAUGAAGAUUCAAAACCGAAGCCGGAGAAGACUGGUUCGAAGAAAAUGCCACCUCCCAAUCGACAGCAGAGUGGCACUUCCACUCCCAAGGAAUCAGGGAAAUUUAGUUUCGCUUUUAAAUCAAAAACUCCGGCCCCGGCUACUCCCAAACCAGUACCCGAUCUUGUACAGAGAAUGCGUGAACCCCCUCAAAAAAACGUGGAUUCAACUAAGAAUAAACAAUCCAAUGCUCCUCCUCCGAGGGAGAAGCAUAAUAGCCGUGUUGAUCGAAGGGAUGAUAGACGGGAUUCACGGAGAAAUGACCGCCGGUUUGACAGCAGAAGCGAAAGGCAGCGGGACCGGCGUGAAGAUAGGAGAAUGGAGUCCAGACAUGAACGACAUGAACGACAUGAGCGACAUGAGCGACAUGAACGUCGACCAGAGCGGUCACCUGAACGUAAGAAGCCAAAGAAGAUUCUCAAGCGGUUGAAACCACGUCCUAUGCUCUCUGAAGAAUUCUCAAAGUCGGAUUCUGUCUACUACCGAAAACCCGGAAAUGAGUCCGUGAUUGGAGCGGGAACCUACGGCAAGGUUUUCAAGGCUAUUCAUGUUUAUACAAAUAAUAUGGUUGCAUUGAAAAAGAUACGUAUGGAAGGUGAAAAGGAUGGGUUCCCUAUCACAGCCGUCCGGGAGAUAAGGCUGCUGCAGCAUCUCCGCCAUGACAACGUUGUUUCUCUUCGGGAAGUUAUGGUGGAGAAAAAUGAAUGCUUCAUGGUUUUCGAGUACCUAUCGCAUGACCUGACCGGCCUCAUCAAUCAUCCUACUUUCUCCCUCACAGCUGCCCACAAAAAACAUCUCGCACGGCAAAUGUUCGAGGGCUUAAAUUAUCUACACCACCGCGGAGUGCUACAUCGAGACAUCAAAGCCGCAAAUAUCCUUAUCAGCAACCAAGGUCAGCUAAAGUUUGCCGACUUCGGCCUAGCACGUUUCUUCUCCAAGAGUCGCCAGCUGGAUUACACUAACCGCGUCAUCACCAUUUGGUAUCGUCCCCCCGAACUCCUCCUGGGAGAAACCCGUUACGGACCCGCUGUCGACAUAUGGAGCGCUGCAUGUGUAUGGGUGGAGAUGUUUACCAAAAAGGCAGUGUUCCCCGGCGAAGGUGGUGAAAUAAGCCAACUUGACAAAUUGUAUGCUUCAUUGGGCACUCCUACGCGCACUGACUGGCCGGAUAUCGUCGAAAUGCCAUGGUUCGAGCUGCUACGACCGACAGAACGGAAACCGCGCACGUUUGAAAAUUUUUAUACAGAUAUCCUUUCGCCAGCUGCCUUGGACCUCGUCGCCAAGAUGUUCCAGUAUGAUCCCGCCAAAAGACCAUCUGCUGAGGAGGUCCUGACCCAUACAUAUUUCACAACGGAAGAACCUGCUCCCCAGCAGGCUAUUGAACUUGCAAACAUCGAAGGUGACUGGCAUGAAUUUGAGUCUAAAGCCCACCGUAAGGAAAAGGAUAAAGAAGCCCGUCGUGCAGAGCAUCAGCGUGAGAAGGAAAAACGCAGAGUCAGUGGUGUUGGCGCUGCUGCUCAAGGAAGUGAGGGACGGGAUACCAAGCGGGCUCGGUUAGAAGAAGACGCAUCGCAGCCUCAAUCUCUUGAAAACUGA